AUGUCGCGCGCCACCCCGUCGCACCUCGUCGGCGCCUCGGUGCCCGCUGCCGUUGUUGGACCUCCCGCGCCUCUCCCUCGCGGGAUCGACCCCGCCGCUCGUCCCCCGCGACCCAUCGACGGACGCCAUCGUCGCCGUCCUCUCCGUCGCCGGCGCUCCCCGUCCCCGUCGUCGGUGCCGCCUCGCCGGACCUCCCCAACUCCUCCUCGAGCCCGCUGCCCCGUACCCUACAACUACCUCGUGAGGCCCCCCUUCUUCUCCUCUGCCUUGCUCCUGCCGCACACUGGGCGCGCCCACGGCCAGGAACCCACGCCGCACGCACCUGCGCCCGCGCAUGCCGACGCCCCGCAGCCAUGCUCGCCGUUGCUCCCGUGCGCCAUCACGCGCAUCGCCGCACCCGGCCGAGGCGGCUUCCGCCCUGCUCCGUCCGACCGGACCCACCGUCGUGCCUCGCUUGCCUCCCGCCGCUGCUGGCGUCGACGGCAGCCUCUGCCCGCGAUCGCACGCGUCGCUCCGCCCCUGACCUUGCCGCCGAGCGCCUCCCCCUGCCACCACCACCUCCAGCCGCGCCCCCCUGCGCCCGCUCUGCCAAGCCGGUCCGCGGCCACCCCCUCCGCCGCCUCCCCUGGCCGCCGGCGUGCAUCGUGCGUGCCCAGCGCCCCUCGGGCAUGCGCCCAUUCGGGCUAUGCCCGUUAG